AGAAGGAACAUCAGCAGUAUGUUUAUGCCAAUUGUAUAGAUGUGUUGAUUUCACAUUGUAGUUUGCCAUGGAUGAAGUACAUAGAAGGAACAUCAGCAGUAUGUUCAUGCCAAUGGUGGAUCCAGUCAACCCAUGCCUUGUCUUGUUCAUAAGGAGAGAAAACAUUGUGCAAGACACCAUCAAUCAACUUCAAAAACAAGGCUGUGCAGACUUUAAAAAACCUCUGAAGGUUGUGAUUCUUGGGGAAGAAGCUCUUGAUGGGGGAGGGGUCAGAAAGGUUAUGUUUUACAAUGAAGAAGCUGUGGAUGAAGGGGGAGUAAGAAAGGAGUUUUUCAUGCUGUUGCUUCGUGAGAUUCUUGACCCCAAAUUUGGAAUGUUCAAGUAUUAUGAGGAGUCCCGUUUACUUUGGUUCAGUGAUCAGAUAUUGGAUGAAGAUACUACAAUGUUUCACCUGAUAGGCCUGGUCUGUGGUCUGGCUAUAUACAAUGCUACCAUCAUUGACCUGCAUUUCCCUCAGGCACUCUUCAAAAAAUUGCUCAAAAGGGAGGUCACAUUAGAUGAUUUGACAGAUUUGGAUCCAUCUCUUGGAAGGAGCUUGAAACAACUUCAAGAAUUUGAGGAUGGAGCUGUUGAAGAGACUUUUGGACUCACAUUCCAGAUCUCCAGGCUGUAUUUUGAUGAGGUGAAGAGCCAUGAUCUGGUGCCCAAUGGUGCUAAUAUACCAGUUACUAAUGACAACAGGAAAGAAUAUGUGUCUGCCUAUAUAGACUUCAUAUUUAAUCGUUCAGUAGAACAGCAGUUCAACGCAUUCAGUGAAGGCUUCCAUAGAGUCUGUGGAGGAACUGUCCUUGAGUUAUUCCAUCCACAGGAACUACAGGCUAUGGUGGUAGGCAAUGAGAACUAUGACUGGGAAGAGCUAGAAAAGAAUGCGCAAUAUAAGGGAGAGUAUGAGGGAGGCAGACAUAAGACAAUCACAUUCUUCUGGGAGGUGUUUCGGGAAUUGAAUCUCGAGCAAAAGAAAAAGUUUUUACUGUUUCUGACAGGCAGUGACAGAAUCCCUAUUUUGGGCAUGAAGGCAGUCAAGAUAUAUAUCCAGCCAGUUGGUGGAGGGGAAGAUUACCUUCCUGUAGGUCACACCUGCUUUAACCUACUAGACCUCCCUAAAUAUAAUACAAAAGAGAAACUUCGAGAAAAACUUUUAAUUGCAAUAGAGCACACUACUGGAUUUGGAUUAGUGUGAAAAGAGCCCACUACUAGAUUUGGAUAAGUGUGAAUAGAGCACACUACUGGAUUUGGAUAAGUGUGAAAAUAGCCCACAACUAGAUUUGGAUAAAUGUGAAAAGAGCACACUACUUCAUUUGUUUGGAUUUGGAUUAGUGUGUUACACUGUGACUGUCUUGUUUAUUCUAGGGAUUUAAGGGAUAACACCACUCUCCUUAAAUAUGAUAUUUAACAAUGGAUACUCAAUACU